AUGUUUAACCACUACCUAUCAAUAGCAAGUCCGUUAGAUCAAUUCGAAAUAAGAAACCUGUUCAGUAUCGAUACACCACUCUUGGCAAAUAUGAACCUAUCUAUUACAAAUAUAGGGUUAUAUAUGACAAUUGCUGCGUUUAUAGCUUUUUAUUUUAAAACAUUGUAUGCCACUAUCCAUAGUAUUGUUGUAAACCAAAUUAACAAUAAAAGUGGGCAAGCUUAUUUUCCAUUUAUGUAUGCCUUGUUUAUCUUUAUUUUAAUUAAUAAUCUUAUAGGUAUGAUACCUUAUAGUUUUGCAUCAACAUCUCAUUUCAUAUUAACAUUCUCACUUAGUUUCACUGUAGUGCUAGGUGCGACUGUUUUAGGGUUCAAAGAACAUGGAUUGAAAUUCUUUUCUUUAUUUGUUCCAGCAGGUUGUCCUUUAGGGUUAUUACCACUGUUAGUUUUAAUCGAAUUUAUUUCAUAUUUAGCGAGAAAUGUGUCUCUAGGACUUAGAUUAGCAGCUAACAUAUUAUCUGGUCAUAUGCUUUUAAAUAUUUUAAGUGGAUUUACUUAUAAUAUUAUGAGCUCUGGUAUAAUUUUCUUUAUUUUAGGAUUAUUACCAUUAGCAUUUAUAAUAGCAUUCUCUGGAUUAGAACUAGGUAUUGCCUUUAUUCAAUCACAAGUUUUUGUAGUUUUAUCAUGUUCAUACAUUAAAGAUGCACUAGAAUUACAUUAG